GGAGCAUGGCUGCGUCAAAACUUUUCUCGCGACCGCGCAAUCUUUGUUUACAUGCGCAGUGAUUGUGAACUUGUACAAACAAACUUUAUUAACUUAGACUGUCUUAAUCGAAAACUGUGGUGAAGAUAAAUCGAACUGAGUGACAAAUGAACUGUGUUAUCCUGUUACGAUGACCAAAAAGUUUAGUGAAAUGUUUUUAAUAAAAGUUUGGAUGUUUCUGGUGGCGGUUGCCGGUGCGCGCGCACGGUCCGCGCCGCCCGCCCCCGACGGCUGUCAGUGGGACUAUUCGGACGCAAAGUUGAGUGAAUCUAACUUUCUCACGUGUAACAUCAAAACCAUCGGCUCCGCUGACUUCUUAUUUAAAAACAUCACCACGGCGCAGGCGUACAACAUCAACAAGUUGAAGUUGACUUGCACGGACUUGCUUUUCUUCGAAAGCUCCUUGCACAUGAACACUGGAAGCUUUUUGGGACAGCUCCGAAAGCUUGAAGAUUUGCGCAUCGACUACUGCAAAAUACGCUACGUUCCUGCGACUGUGCUAUCGCCUCUUAGAGAUUUAACGAGUCUGUCGCUCCGGUCCUAUAACACCGAUUGGCCGGCUAUGACUAUGGAGUUUCACGCUGAAAGUUUUCGUGGCCUAAUGGAACUGCGCACGCUGGACUUGGGUGAUAAUAAUAUUUACAUGCUGCCAUCCGAGGUAUUCUGCCCGCUAUUUAGUUUGGAAUCGUUAAACCUCACUAAUAAUAAAAUUCAAGACAUAUCAGAAAUUGGAUUUUCCGAUUGGGGAAAAGGGCCGAUCGCUCCCGGCAAGUCGUGUAACACCGGCCUCAAAAUGCUCGAUUUAUCACACAAUAAUAUCCUGAGACUGCCUGACAAUGGGCUUUCGAGCUUAAGAUCCUUGGAAGUUUUGAACAUUCAGAAUAACUUGAUAAGCGAAAUUUUAGACAGAGCCUUUGUUGGUCUCAAUUCAUUAAAAAUUCUGAACUUAUCGGGAAACAAAUUAGUGGCUAUUCCUCCGGAACUAUUUCAAUCUUCGAGAGUUAUCAAAGAAAUCUCAUUAGCGAAUAAUUCAUUAGCAGUGUUGGCGCCAGGAUUGCUGGAGGGUCUCGACCAACUUGAGAAAUUGGAUUUAUCUAAAAACCGACUUACAAAUGGCUGGGUCAAUAGAGAUACGUUUGCCGGCUUAGUGAGGCUAGUAAUACUAAACUUAUCUCAGAAUUCUCUUGCCCGCUUGGAUCCGAAGUCGUUUCAAGAUCUGAAUAAUCUACAAGUAUUGAAUUUAGACAACAAUGAAAUAGAGAUUAUCAGUAAUGGUGCCUUUGCUGAAUUGAAGAAUUUACACCAUUUAUCGAUAUCCGAUAACAAAAUUAAAGUUUUGAACGAGCAAGUAUUUUCGAACUUGUUUGUAUUGAAUCAGCUGUAUUUAGAUAACAACCAAAUAAAUACCAUUCAUGAAAGAUGCUUCGAAAAUAUUACAUACCUACAAGAUUUGGGAUUAAAUGGCAACAACCUGAAUAAUAUUCCUAUCAGUAUCAAACGUUUGAGAUUUUUAAAAUCACUUGAUAUUGGAAAAAAUAAUAUCACGAAAAUUGUUAACACGUCUUUUGAGGGCUUGGAAGAACUUUAUGGCCUUCGAUUAGUGGAUAAUCACAUUACCAGCAUCCCGAAAGAUACUUUCAGCACGCUUCCGUCGCUACAAGUUCUAAACUUAGCCUCAAACAAGAUUGAAGUGAUCGAGCAAGACGCAUUUUUAUCCAACCCAACGUUAAAAGCUAUACGCUUGGACGGAAAUAAAUUAACAGAUAUAAGAGGAGUUUUUAAUAAACUGAUUACCCUCGGUUGGUUGAAUACUUCAGAUAAUAGUCUUAUUUACUUUGACUACAGUUAUAUGCCUGAAAAUUUAGAGUGGCUGGAUAUACACAAUAAUAAUAUAUCUAAAUUGGACAAUGAACAGAACAUUCAACAAAAUAUUAGAAUGUUGGAUGCCAGUUACAAUUCAUUGGAAUAUAUCGACGAGAAAUCUGUGCCUGAUGCCAUCGAAAUCCUCUUAGUAAAUAAUAAUAAAAUCAGCUCUAUUCAAGCCGGCACCUUUCUACAAAAGAAGAAUCUGGAUAAAGUCGUUAUAACAGAUAAUAAAUUGAGGACAGUAGAUCUCUCUGCAUUUACUUUACCUCACACACCGAAAUUUAAAUCGUUGCCAAAAUUCUUUCUUGGGUAUAAUCCAUUUGUGUGCAACUGUCACAUGAUUUGGCUACAAAAGAUAAAUUUAUGGAAUCAUAUGAGGCAAUACCCGAGAUUCGUCGACUUAGAUUCAGUUACCUGCGAAGUUGUGAACAAUAAAUACGGUGGGAAGGCCAACUUGAUGGAUGUUCCUGAAUCACAAUUUCUUUGUUCUUAUGAGACUCAUUGCUCCUCCAGUUGCUUUUGCUGUGAGUUCGAAGCUUGUGAUUGCAAAAUGACAUGUCCAGAAGGCUGUUCCUGUUUCCAUGACAGUAAUUGGAAUUCAAAUGUCAUCGAUUGCUCAAAUGCCGGCUAUACAGAAGUUCCUGAGAAAAUACCAAUGGAUGCCACAGAACUGUAUCUAGAUGGUAAUGACUUCGGAACCUUGGGAAGCCAUUUAUUCAUUGGCAAGAAGAAAUUACAUAAGCUAUAUUUAAACAACAGUAACAUUGCAGUGCUCGACAAUGACACAUUGAACGGAUUACAUUCUCUGAAUGUUCUUCACCUAGAAAACAACCAUUUGACAGAACUAGCAGGAGGAGAAUUUUCGCAAAUAAAGCACUUGAGGGAGUUAUAUCUCAACGAUAACUCGAUCACAAGUGUUGCAUCUAACACAUUUGAAAACUUGUACUAUUUACGAACAGUGCAUUUAGAAGGCAACAAAGCUCUAGACCUAGACAAGAAACUAGCUCAUUUAUUGCAUUUAGAAAAAGUAAAUUUGCGUGGAAACUUAUUUACGUGCUCGUGUGAAAACUUGAUACCGUUGCAAAAUUGGUUCAAGAAAUACUAUGAAGAUGCAGCUGAAAUGUGGUGUGCCAGUGACAAUGGAGUGCCUUUAAACGUAACGGUGUUUGACGUGAUGGAUAAGUGUCGUGACUCUAGUGUAAUAAACAAUACUAUACCAACGGAAAAUCAACCUUAUCAAUACGACGAAGUGAGCACAAUUAAACUUAACUUUGUACCGCUUUUGGCAGUGGUCCUAAUUAGUGUAAUUCUUAUUUUAUUGUUCGGUGCCUUAGCCUUUUCAUUUAGGCAAAAUGUACGAUUGUGGGCCCAUUCCAAAUAUGGUGUAAGACUGUUUAAAAGUGCUUCAAUUCAGGAGAGCGAACUGGACGGUGACCGUUUAUUCGACGGCUAUGCUGUGUAUAGUUUGUUAGAUGACGAUUUUAUUUCUAGAGUAGUAGCCCCUGAAAUGGAGCACUUUGGCUAUACUAUGUGUUUCCACUAUAGAGAUUUACAACAUGCUCCCGAAAAUUACUUAUUGGAACAAAUCACUAAUGCUUCUGAAUCCGCUAAAAGAAUAAUAGUUUUUGUUUCUUUUAACUUCUUACAAAACGAAUGGUCGAAAGUUUCAUUUAAAGCGGCCAUAAAACAUGUAGUUACUGGAAUUCAUCCUUCCAUUCGACGCCAUAGGGUUCUAUUCAUUCUCACUACUGACAUCAGCGCAUUGAAUUUAGAUAUCGACUUCCAAAACUAUUUAAAAUCUUGUAACGUUCUUCUAUGGGGUGAAAAGAAAUUCUGGGAAAAAAUCAGGUUUCACAUGCCCGAUACGACCAAUUUGCAUUGGAAUAAAGAUAGCAUUAAUUACAAUCAUGGCGUUUGUCCUAACGGGAGGCGCCAUCCUUCUAGGUAUACCGCAUCUCCUACAGCUCCCGAGCAGUGGUACAAAUACGAUGCGAUCCCACCGACUACCCCUACCGUGGCCAAUGUUGGUAAUCACGAGGAUGACACUUCGAUGUUGACUAACACAACAAUAACCAGUCAAGUCCAAGAAGGUGAUCCUCAUCAUAGUUACAUUUCAAUAGAUGCCCAGAACUAUGAACAGCCUUAUGGCGGUCGGCCCAGGCCUCCUAAUACUUUACGCAAGCAUCCAGGCCACCACUCCCCUUCGAUGCUCGACGAUCAAGGUUAUUUACAACCCCGGUCCUCGGUACACGAUUGCGUACCACAAACCCAUUCCACUGUACACAGAUAAUGUGUUUUAACCCGUCGUUAUCUUCCCAGAUAUUUCCUAAUGGAACUCUACAUUCCAACCACAUGUGUAAACCAUUUGUAUUGCAGAAGCUCAGUACCUUUGAAUGUGAAAUGUAUCAACAAUAUACGUAUCGAAAGUUGCAAGCCUUAUUGUCGAUAUUGUGAAAGUAUGAGUAACUUACUUAAGACUGAUAAAUAUAUAAAUUGCCAGUAUAGAUGUAAAGUAUUUUGGUAUAGUAUGUUAUAAUAUCUCAUUGUUACCAAAUAUAUUGUAAAUAACUGUAACUAAUAUUGUAUAGUAUUACUAGUCAUUAUUUAAGACAUAGUGUUGGUAAUUGUAGAUAGACGCUGUUUGUUCAAUAUUAUCACUUGAAUUGUAAACUGUGAAAAGCUAUUUAAAAUUAUUUAUAUGUAAGGAAUAAUAUUGUGCAUGCAGCUAGUUGUACCUAAUAUGUCGACUGUUAUGUAAGU